UGCAUGCAAAACAAACUCUGAACAAAGAGUUUUAAACAAAAGUGUACCGACUGAUUUGUUUUUUUAUCAGUUAACAUCCAUAGAUAAGACGGGUUCUUCACAAAUUGCUUUCACGCGUGUGUGAAACGUACAUAUUAUAUCUUACAGAACUUAUCGCACCGUUAUCCGAACGAAAGAUCGAAGUCGUUUCCUGUGCAUUCGUUUUUUUGACAGUUGUGCUCUGUACAUUUAUCUCUUCGCGAAUUUGUGUGCGCAUCGCGUAAUUUUAAUGUUCAAAUUACGUCAGCGACACCGAGAGAUUCCGCAGUGUUUUUUAUCAUCGCAACGAGAAGAGAAAGAAAGAGGAUAUCGCGGCUUCGCCGAGAAAAAUGCGAUAUAAGCUUUUUGUUUUUCUUUUUUUCUCUCAAAAUUAUUUUUGACAUUCGCGAAAAAUGCUGCGCGUUUGCGGAGGCGCGUCUUCAAGAGCCGCGAGAACAAGGCGCGGAGCAACAAACCCGACGGAUAUGAGAAGGACACCGUCAAAUUUUAUUCACGAUGGGUCUCUGGCGCGACACGUGCGAACAUCGAUGAUAACGACGGCCUAUUACGCUUCCGACGAGUUGCUGUUUCCUGUGUUUCCGUAUUCUUUCGAAAGCGAGGCGAUAUCACUCGUCGCCACAGCGUCCAAGCUGGCCACCGUGGAAGAUGUGGGUCCAAAGCGGCCCGAAGGCCCCAUUCGACCAGCCGCCGCCUCCCUAAAGGUCUCACCCACGGCGAGGGCGACUCUCCAAGCGCUAAGGUCGUCUAAGAACAAGCUAGUCACCAGCCCGGUCAGCACCCGCGACGCUGAGACCAUCACGGAUGUGUGCAGCGGUGAGGAAUUGCCAGAGGUCGAGAUAAUCAGCUUGCUGGAAGAACAGAUCCCGAGAUAUCGUCUUCGAGCCGACACCUUGACGGAGUUUCAAGGGUACGAGAACGCCGAUUGGUUUGUUCCGGCGCCCGCGCUCAAGGUAGAGGACGUCGAUCUGAAACUAUCGCCGGAUCAGAUCCGGGAGACUCUUAACUACUUCAUCUUAUGUAGCAACCGGGUGAGCCAAAUGACCAAGACCUAUAAUGACAUAGAGGCAGUUACAAGGCUUCUGGAGGAGAAAGAGAAAGACUUGGAACUGACAGCGCGCAUCGGUAAGGAAUUGCUGGCGCACAAUCAGAAACUCGAGACCACGGUAAACUCGUUGGAGGCCGAGCUCAAGGAGUCAAACGAGAAGAUCACUCAGCUGAAUCAUGAGGUGUUGAAGAAAGCUGAGCUGAUACAGAUAUUGACGAACGAUGUGGAUGAGUCUAGCUCAGAGGCCGGGACACCGACCGGCUUCCGUGGGAUCAACCUGGAGAUGCUGCAGAGGAAGGUUAACACUCUGGAAGAAGAGAACAAGCAACUGCGCACCGAGUUUGCGAAGUUGUCGCACGACGCCGACAAUUGCGAAGAGCAAGAAACAAGACUUGUGAAGGACAUUGCAGCGCAAUUAGCAACUGCCAACAUGGAGGUGGACGGAAUAGCAGAGGAACUCGGUCGUCAGAAAGAGGAGAAUCGACUGCAGCACGAGCAGAUAAUCAGUCUCACUGCGAAAUUAAAAGAGACGGAACUCAGGCUUGCUCAGCUCAUGGCGGAGCACGACGAAGUGGGAGCGACGCUAGUCAUCACUAGAGAUAAUCAAAAUACGCUUGCCAACGAACUGGCCGAAUUCAAAGAGCGUUAUGCGGAGGUGGUGAAUUUGCUAGCUGAAACGCAAGAGCAGUUGCGAAAACAAAGGAAACGCGGAAUGCCAACUGUGCGCGGCGGAUCGUUGUUCCCAUCGAUGGGUGCAGCGCCCCAACCGGAUUCUAUAGCUUCUGAAUUGGAAUCGUCUCUUUACUCGGAAUUGAGUGUUGAUUCCGGGAUCAGCACAGGCGAUCGAAUACCAACCUACAAGAAGGUAUUCGAAACCGUUCGAAGCGCGUCCCGAACAUCGUACGCAGGUUUAGAUCCCAAUCAAUUUCCCAAGAUAGGUUCUAUGACAACGUCAACAUUGUCUACCAAUUCGGUUGGUCCCCGCAUGAGUUGCGGACAAAUACGACCACACGCGUCCGCAUUUCCUAGCUUGGACUCUACUGGUCAUAGUGAGAGCGAAGGGUCUGUUCACGAAGCAGAAGAUUAUCCAGCUCCGCAGGGAAUGGGUAUACCUGGUGCUCCCGGUGCAGCUGAUCUGGAAGCUGCUCUGCGUCGUCUAACACCGGCCGAGGUGUUAGCCAGACGUGCGUGUCUCAGUACAGGUGCCGGUUACAAUUACGAUUAUGACGGCGGUGCGAUACACUCCCCUUCAACUUUUCCGCCGUUUGAUUGUCGCACUCCCGACAGCAUCAUGUCGACCGGUAGUAGCGGCAAUUUGAGCGGUUUCGGUGCCAACGCGUGGCGUAUUCCGCAAAAGUUGCAGAUUGUUAAACCGUUGGAAGGCUCGCAGACAUUGCAUCAUUGGUCGCGAUUGGCGACGCCAACACUGGGCGGUUUGUUAGAAGACAGGCCGGGAGUACAGACGAGGGGUGGCCGUGCUCUUGAAGAUCUCGGCCUCUUGACAUUCACUCUCAGCGAUCUAGAGGAAGACGAAGAGUACACCUCCAAUCCUGGAAAACCAUUCCAGGACACCGGUUCCGUUUACACCUUUACAAAUAGUACCGUAAUGCAUCCGGAUGAUCAUACCACCAGCAGCGUGACACCGAGCAUCGUCGGCAGUCGCGUUGCCACAGCGCCUAACAGUGGCAUGAACUCGGGCAUGAAUUCUGGCAUGAGUACCCCUCGCACGCACAGUCGUCGCAACUCUACGUCCACGUUUUCCACUACGCUUGGACUGGCCAAGAUGCUGAACGAAAGAGGUAUCAAAGCUGUCACGCCUUCGUGUGUAGGCACGCCUACGGACGAGAGGAACUUUUCGCCGACCGCUACGCCGUGUAACAGUCCGGAUGCGAGUUUGUCGCCUACGAGAUCAUCGUCGCCGCCGCUUCUGGAGAGCGGCGCGUAUCUGACGUUUGGACUGCUCAGUACCGGCGCGGAACUGUUAAGGCGCACCUUUAAUUACGAACCGCCGGCAUCAUCCAAGAAGAAGAGAUCAAAAUCGAAUAUAUCGCGUUCCGAUAAAAAGGCUCUCACCGGAAUACGCCUGGUUGAGAAAUUGGAGAGAAUUGGAAUUGACACGAUAAUGGCAACUACUGUUAACUCGUCGAUCUCACCGUUGGCACUGCAAGGCGCUCUGUACACGCGUCGCUCGACUGGCAGCCCGAUGGCGCAACUAACUUUCCUCAAAACCUCAAUGUCCUCCAGUAGCAGCCAAGAGAAAUUGAUAUCUCCUUCGUCUUCAACAUCCUCUAUUAGCGAUCAAGUCGUGUCGGGUAAACCACCGUUAUCAAGCAAACGGAACGACAAGGAGUCUACUGUGCCCGGUUCCAGUGCAUUUAAUUCGAGAGCCGCGGGUCAGUCGCCGGAUCGACAGCGGCGAUCAGGUGCUAAAGCGACGAGACCCGAUUUGGGACGAGUUAAACCGCCGGUUUCGCCGCCAGUCACUAAAGAGUCUGCCACGCAGUCGGCGCUGGGAGCAAUUAGUUCGCUUCUGUUCGGCCGCAAGGGCGGCUUAUUGUGAAUAUUUUGUAGGAUUUGUAGUGCGAUGUAGGGAAACGAAUUGAUUGAUUUCAGCAAAUUAAUUUUUAAAUACAUUAGCGAAAAAAUGUUUUCGGUGUUCAAAGUGCAGGAUUUUCAGUUCGUGCGUUUAUCGCUUGAGUGCAUGAUAUAUGCGCCUAUCAUUAUGUUGUAAAUGAUGGGCGUGCUGUUUAUUGUCGGCAUUUUGAUUUGUGUACAGCGGCUUUUAAUCCAAUGAUCAAUUUUAUAAAAUACACAAAUCUUUUUCACACACGAAUUCCGAUGACUCAAAUCUAAUAGGUCUAAUGAUCCUAUACGAAUCACAGUUAGUAAUAUACAAAGUAUCUUUGUAUAUUACAAAUUUAUUAUAUUUUAAAAUUUUAUUUAGAAAAUCGUGAUUGUUAAAAAGUGAGACAAAAAACACGAGUUUUUUUAACACAAUCUGUACAGUAAGCACAAAAUACCUUUUAUCUCAAUAAAAAGUAUAAAGAACUAAAAUCGGGAUAUACGAAGAAGAGGUAGACACAUUUGGUAGUUUGUGGCAAAUGAAAAGGAAAAUUGGUCAAUAACUGAAAAUAUAUACUUAAAGAUUAUUUAAUUUUAUGAUUACGUUGAAGUUUACAAAGGCUCAAUCCCGUUAACUUCAACUUUGUGAUCGACUGUAACUACUCGAUGUGGGUUAUGAACAGGAUAUAAUUCGCUUACGAUUGACUAUAUAUCUAUGGACUGUGCCAAAUGUCUUGUUACAUUAUCACUAUUUUCGAAGAGAAAAAAAACUACAGGAAAGCAACUAUAAAUAUAUUAUUCAACUACUAGAGUGCAUUGUUCAAUAUAAAUUGUAGUUUUAUAUUUAGCAUUUAAAAACUCAAAAGACUUAAAAGUUAAAAUGACAAAUUAAGACUGCUAUAUUUUGCUGUUAAAAAUAUACGUAUGUAUUAUAUAUUUAUGUAUAUUUUUUAAGAGCUCUUUAAACUCUUAUAAUUUUUAUUUUUGUUAAAUUUUGUUCAUUUUUAUUUUUAAUUUUGUUAUGAAAAACACUCGGGUUACAAUUGUAUUGCAUUUCUUCUGACCAACAUACACACAGUCCAUACUUAUCUAGUCAAAAGAGAUCUAUUUGAUGGUAAUAAUUUGAAUAACAAAGGAAACAAGAUGAUACACAAAAACAGUUUUAAAAAAAUAAUACUCGCAGGGUAAUUAAUAUUAUGUAUUCAAAAUUCACAGCUCCAAUGACUCAAAAGUGAGCUCUAGUAUAUAUGUAUCACUUACACACAUACACACAAUAUAAAUCAGUAGUGUACAAAAAAAAAACUACUGGAGGAAAAAAAUUAGGAAAACUGCUGCUUUGGUUCAAUUUCUAUGAUUUUUUUUGCACAAAGUCAGUCUGUUUCGGUGCUAAUUUAUUUUUCUUCGGCAAACGCUUGUUUGAAAGAGUACGUGUAGCGGCACUGUCGAUGCUAUUGUCAGUCUUUGCGCACGGAAGAUUGUGCAUUUAGCGUUGAUUUAAUAGGGAUACUGUACAUAGUUGUAAUAAAGUGCGGCAAAGCGAUGAAAAAAUGCCUUAAAAUAUUUUUUAGUGGUUUUUUUUUCUGAUUAUUCUCGUAUCUUAAUAAUUUAUUUCUAUUUUAUUUUCUGCAAACGAAAAAAACAAAGGCGAGUUCCUUUAAACUGUAAAAGAACUGUAUUAUAUAUAAGAAAGGGAAGAAAGUUUAGCUCGACGCAGCUUUGUACACACAGACGUACAAAUAGUAAUAAAUUAAGUUGGAAAAUAA